AUGGCCUCCACUCCCUCGGUCGCGAGGCUCAUCGCCUAUCGUCGACCUACGCCGACCUCGAUUCUGACCUCGUCAUUCCGUCCCUUGGCCUCAACCGCAAACUUCUCCUCCUCGGUGUGCCGGGCGGCCACUCCUGCCGGUCCCCCCCAGCCGGGCUUCCGUCUGCCCCCUCCUCAGAAAUGGGACCAAGGCGCCGAGUCGUCUCUGGACAAGGCCUCCAAAUACUUCCUCAUGGCCGAGAUUUUCCGCGGCAUGUACGUCGUGCUCGAGCAGUUCUUCAGACCGCCUUACACGAUCUUCUACCCCUUCGAGAAGGGUCCCAUCUCGCCUCGAUUCCGUGGCGAGCACGCCCUGCGACGUUACCCUACCGGUGAGGAGCGCUGCAUUGCCUGCAAGCUCUGCGAGGCCAUCUGCCCGGCCCAGGCCAUCACCAUUGAAGCCGAGGAGCGUGAGGACGGUAGCCGUCGGACGACCCGUUACGAUAUCGAUAUGACCAAGUGUAUCUACUGUGGCUACUGCCAGGAGAGUUGCCCCGUCGACGCCAUUGUCGAAACUUCCAACGCUGAAUACGCCACCGAGACCCGUGAAGAAUUGCUGUACAACAAGGAGAAGCUCCUGGCCAACGGUGACAAGUGGGAGCCCGAAAUCGCCGCGGCUGCCCGUGCCGAUGCUCCCUACCGAUAA